AUGCCUCCUCGCCUGUUCUCCUCGGGAGCACCCUGCCAGUCCAAGACCAGGGAUGAGCAAUGGGGCUCAGGCGGGGCCCAAACCAGCCUUCCCAGGCCUGCCCUGCCUUGCCACAAAAUUUCUGUGAGCAGCAUGGACUUUGCUUUCAAGCUCUAUAGACCGUUGGCUUUGGAUGCCCCCGGAGAGAACAUCCUCUUCUCCCCAGCGAGUGUCUCCUCGGCUUUGGCCAUGCUCGUCCUCGGGGUCCCAGCAGCCAGUAGGGCCCAGCUCCUGGAGGGUGAGAUCCAGGAGGGCUUCCAGGAUCUGCUGCUCAAGCCAUCUGUGCUGGACCCACAGCUCCUCCUGGCCUCGCUCAGGGCCAGCCGAGACCCGGCGGAGACCCAGAAAUGCAUCCACGAGUACGUAGAGGAGCAGACCCAGGGGAAGUGUGGAGCCCGGGCAGAGGAGCUCGGGACGGAAACCGCAGCAGUGCUCGUGAAUCACAUGCUCCUCAGAGCCGGGUACGUGCAACCCUGUGACCCACAUGCCACUAGCCCAAAGGAUUUCUUUGGGGAUGAGCACAGAGCCGUGCGGCCCACGAUGAAGCAGAAGACCCACCACCACUUCCUCCGUGAUCCUGAGCUGCAAUGCUCCUUGCUGAGAUGGACCAACCGGGGCAAGGUCAUUCACAAGGCUGAGGUGACUCUGAAUGGACAGGGCUCAAAGGCCAUUGCCGCCAUCAGCCUCCCGGUCACUCCCAGGCCUCACCCCAACCUGGACCCCGCACCCCCUCCUGGCACUAAGUUUAAUCGACCCUUCCUGAUGAGGACUUUUCACCUGGACACAGGAAGCAUGCUUUUUCUGGAGAAGAUGGGGGUUGUCCUCACCUGGCUGCUGGAAAACCACCCACCAAUGCCUCCACCUUCCAGCCGACAGGAAGGAGGUUUAAGGAAGCUGAUCUGGCCAAGCCCUGUGCCCUACCUUCACCCCAGCGAUGAUGUGACCCAAGGCCUCAGCGUGAGCUCAGACGUCCACCAUACCAAGGCCAGGAGGGGCUCUCUGGCUGCCUAG